GGGUGUUCCGGGUAGGCUGUUAGCAGGUCACCCCAGGGCAGGGGGUUUUGGUGCCUUGCCUUUGAUUGAGCAUAUUCGGGCCCGUUUUGCUUGUUGGGGUGCCCGUUUAGUUUGUUCCGCCGUGAUGCCAAGGGAUUCCUUACAUCCCUGGCAGCGUGCUUUGCUUCUGUACCUUCGAAGGUUGCAUCCGGCUUUUGGUCCCCUAUCAUUGUUGACAGCGUCCAGGAGGGGGCCUUGGUUGGGUGUGGAUGGUUUGCCUGAGGAUAUUCGUCGGGUUGUGACUUCUAUGGCAAUUUUACCGCCAGUUACUGACAUUGGGUCGGAGCCUUUGGUACCGGGUAGCUGGUGUUGGGGUGUUCCGUUGUGGGGUAACCCUUUCUUGCCGGUUGGGCUGCCGGGCCUACCUGGUGUGUUGGGUUUGGAACACCACUAUCCGGUGCUCGUUCAUUGCCAUGCCCUGAGUUCAUUGGGUAUGUGUGUGGCUGCCCUGGCUCAACUUCGUUGUUUUGAGGACACGUGGGAUUCAGCGUUGUUGAACGGUGUGUCGGGGGUUGCUGAGGGCAGGGUGAUGGAGAGGUGCUGGUCCGCUCUUGUACGUCGGUUUUUGGACCCGGCGUCCCCGGAUGCCUGUGCUCUUUGUUCGUUGCCUAGGUGUCGUGAUCUUUUGACGUCUCUUGAGUCGUUGUUGGGUGCGGUGCCUGUGGCUUGGGUGGAGGCUGCUGAGGCUUUUCUUGUUGAUGCCUUGCCGCCCCAACCUCUGCCGGCUUCUGAGGUUGAUGCUUGGCAGGUUUUGGUUCCACGUUUGGGGUGGCAGUUGCCUCAUGUUGGCGCCGUUCCUUUGAGGAAUCUGUCGGUUCGGAUGGCUACCGUUCUUCAGCUUGGGGGUGUGUUUGAGGAACGUGCUGUGUUGCAUGCGGCUUUUAUUCGGGAGGCCCUGGGGUUACCUGCUACCCAGCAGCUUCCUGAGGGUGUCUUGGAUGGCCUUCGUGAUUCUUUCCAGCGUCUUUGGUCGAUUCGUUGGGAGAAUGGUUUCAAGGAAGCGUUUUGGCGUCUUUCUAUUGAUGGGGUUCCCUUGCUGGGGAAUUCUCAUAUGUCUAGGGCUCGUCCGGAAUGUUGUGGUUGUGGGUCCGUUGUCUUGGGGGUGUCUCCGCGGUUGCAUUUUUUCUGGGCUUGUCCUGUUGCUCGUGCUGUGGUUGAGCAGCUUGAGGUCACGCUGGGUAUUGCGGUUCCUCGGGCUGCCUUGUGGUUGGCGUUGCCUCCUUCGGGCGUGCAGCAGUGCGUUUGGGAUGUUGUUGUUUUGGCUGCUUUGUCCGCUAUGGAGGAGGGUCGGCGGUUGUUACGGGCUCGUGUACGUGAGUCUGGUUCUGCGGGUGUUGUGCCUGGGCUUGCUGCUGUGGUGGCCCUGUCUGCUGUUUCCUGGUUCUGGGGUCAGCUUCGGGGUUUUGCUUGUUUGGGUGUUCCCCGUCGGGGAUGGGCUGGGGUUGGCCCUUCUCAUCCUUUCUUACGUAUUGUUGGCGGGCGGUUUUCUGUGGGCCGUUGAGCGUCCUGUUUUUUGGCCCUGAUGCCUUUGGGGUGGUGUGUUCGU